AAGAUGAGGAUAAUUUGCAGACAGCUUGUCUUGUUGUUUUCUGGCUUUUGGGGACUAGCAAUGGGAGCCUUUCCUAGCAGUGUGCAAAUAGGUGGUCUCUUCAUCAGGAACACAGAUCAGGAAUAUACUGCUUUUCGAUUAGCAAUUUUUCUUCAUAACACCAGCCCCAAUGCAUCUGAAGCACCUUUUAAUUUGGUUCCUCAUGUAGACAACAUUGAAACAGCUAACAGCUUCGCUGUAACAAAUGCCUUUUGCUCCCAGUAUUCUAGAGGAGUUUUCGCCAUUUUUGGACUAUAUGAUAAGAGAUCAGUACAUACCUUGACCUCAUUCUGCAGCGCCUUGCACAUCUCCCUCAUCACGCCGAGUUUCCCCACGGAGGGUGAGAGUCAGUUUGUGCUACAGCUGCGGCCAUCUCUGCGGGGAGCCCUCUUGAGCUUGCUGGAUCAUUAUGAAUGGAACCGCUUUGUCUUCCUGUAUGACACAGAUCGAGGUUAUUCAAUACUUCAAGCUAUUAUGGAAAAAGCGGGACAAAAUAGCUGGCAAGUCAGUGCCAUCUGCGUGGAGAAUUUUAAUGAUGCCAGCUACAGGCGGCUUUUAGAAGACCUGGAUCGAAGGCAAGAAAAGAAAUUUGUAAUAGACUGUGAAAUAGAGAGGCUUCAGAAUCUUUUAGAACAGAUUGUGAGCGUGGGAAAACAUGUUAAAGGAUACCAUUAUAUUGUUGCCAACCUGGGAUUCAAAGAUAUUUCUCUGGAGAGAUUUAUGCAUGGAGGAGCCAAUGUGACUGGAUUUCAGCUAGUAGAUUUCAGUACCCCAAUGGUAACUAAGCUGAUGCAACGCUGGAAGAAGCUGGACCAGAGAGAAUACCCAGGAUCCGAGACCCCACCAAAGUAUACAUCUGCAUUAACAUAUGAUGGAGUACUUGUGAUGGCUGAAACUUUCCGUAAUCUUAGAAGACAGAAAAUUGAUAUUUCAAGGAGAGGAAAUGCUGGUGAUUGUCUUGCUAACCCUGCAGCCCCAUGGGGUCAAGGAAUUGAUAUGGAGAGGACAUUAAAACAGGUUCGAAUACAAGGAUUGACAGGAAACGUUCAGUUUGACCACUAUGGUCGCAGAGUCAACUACACCAUGGAUGUCUUUGAGCUGAAGAACACGGGCCCUCGGAAGGUCGGUUACUGGAACGACAUGGAUAAAUUAGUUUUGAUUCAGCAUGAACCUACACUUGGAAAUGACACUUCGGCCAUUGAGAACAGAACAGUAGUUGUCACUACAAUUUUGGAAGCCCCAUAUGUUAUGUUCAAGAAAAACCAUGAUACGUUUGAAGGGAAUGACAAGUUUGAAGGAUACUGUGUAGAUCUGGCGUCAGAAAUUGCAAAACAUAUUGGUAUCAAGUACAAAAUUGCCAUUGUUCCUGAUGGAAAAUAUGGAGCAAGGGAUCCAGAGACAAAAAUCUGGAAUGGGAUGGUGGGAGAACUUGUUUAUGGGAAAGCAGAGAUUGCUGUUGCGCCUCUGACCAUCACUUUGGUACGAGAAGAGGUCAUUGAUUUUUCUAAGCCUUUUAUGAGUUUGGGGAUAUCCAUUAUGAUCAAAAAGCCCCAGAAAUCUAAACCAGGAGUGUUUUCCUUCUUGGACCCUUUGGCGUAUGAGAUCUGGAUGUGCAUAGUCUUUGCCUACAUUGGUGUCAGUGUGGUCCUGUUCCUAGUUAGCAGGUUUAGCCCUUAUGAGUGGCACACAGAAGAACCAGAGGAUGGGAAAGAAGGACCCAGUGACCAGCCUCCCAAUGAGUUUGGCAUAUUCAACAGCCUCUGGUUUUCCCUGGGUGCCUUUAUGCAACAAGGAUGUGAUAUUUCCCCAAGAUCCCUCUCAGGUCGCAUUGUUGGAGGUGUCUGGUGGUUCUUCACGCUCAUCAUUAUUUCAUCCUACACUGCUAACCUCGCUGCUUUCUUGACUGUUGAGCGAAUGGUCUCGCCCAUAGAAAGUGCAGAAGACCUUGCCAAACAAACUGAAAUUGCUUAUGGGACACUGGACUCAGGGUCAACCAAAGAGUUCUUCAGAAGAUCAAAAAUAGCAGUGUAUGAAAAGAUGUGGACCUACAUGAAAUCAGCAGAGCCAUCAGUGUUCACUAGGACUACUGCAGAGGGAGUAGCUCGUGUCCGCAAAUCCAAGGGCAAGUUUGCCUUCCUGCUGGAGUCCACCAUGAAUGAAUACAUUGAGCAACGAAAGCCAUGUGACACCAUGAAAGUGGGAGGAAAUCUGGAUUCGAAAGGCUAUGGCGUAGCCACACCGAAGGGUUCUCCAUUAAGAACUCCUGUAAACCUUGCCGUUUUGAAACUCAGUGAGGCAGGCGUCUUAGACAAGCUGAAAAACAAAUGGUGGUACGAUAAAGGUGAAUGUGGACCCAAGGACUCUGGAAGUAAGGACAAGACGAGUGCCUUGAGUCUCAGCAACGUUGCUGGAGUCUUCUACAUUCUGGUUGGAGGCUUGGGCUUGGCAAUGCUGGUGGCUUUGAUAGAGUUCUGUUACAAGUCCAGGGCAGAGGCGAAACGAAUGAAGCUUACCUUUUCUGAAGCCAUAAGAAACAAAGCCAGAUUAUCCAUCACAGGGAGUGUGGGAGAAAACGGACGCGUAUUGACUCCCGACUGCCCGAAGGCCGUGCAUACUGGAACUGCAAUUAGACAAAGUUCAGGAUUGGCUGUCAUUGCAUCGGACCUACCAUAA